AGACAAGAAGAAGAGGGAGAGAAGGAGGAGAGAGUUGAUCCUGUGAUGUCCGUAGUUAGCUCCUAGCCUUUUUACCACACCGAUGCAGCCUUCCGUGUCCCCCGGGUUCCAGAGGAGACACACACUCCCCGCCAGCGAGGUGCGGCCUCUGAACGCGCAGGAUGCCAUCAGCGUGUUUGAGAUCGAGAGAGAAGCCUUUAUCUCGGUGUCCGGUGAGUGUCCGCUCCACCUGGAUGAGGUGCGUCACUUCCUGUCUCUGUGUCCCGAGCUGUCGAUGGGAUGGAUUGAGGAGGGCCGGCUCGUGGCGUUUAUCAUCGGCUCUCUGUGGGACAAGGACAGACUCACUGAAGACGCUCUGACCCUCCAUAAGCCCCGCGGCUCCACGGUUCACAUCCACAUCCUGGCGGUGCACCGGACCUUCCGGCAGCAGGGCAAAGGCCCGGUGCUGCUGUGGCGCUACCUGCAGUUCCUGCGCUGCCUGCCGUCGGUGCGUCGCGCCGUGCUCAUGUGUGAAGACCUCCUCAUCCCCUUCUACCGGAAGUGUGGCUUCAAGGUGCUGGGCCGCUGUGCCAUCACCGUGGCCAGCAUGAGCUUCACGGAGAUGUGGUGUCCGAUCAGCGGACACGCCUACAUGCGGCGCAACAGCGAGGCCAUCCGGUUCCCCCAGAGCCCGCUGAGCGUGCAGAGCCCGGAGGCCGAGGAGCAGCUGGACGUAUGACACCGAAGAUUCAUCAUGUGUUGGAGGCUUUUUUUAAACUAAUAUACUUAUUGCCAUUUUCUCUUCCCAGCAAAUGACGUCUACAAAUGUACAGAUGGUUUUGGUAAAAACUGGGAAUUUGAAAACAACACACAUGAAGAAAUCCUAAAUAUGUAAAUGGGGGUGUGCUUUUGUUAAUGGCUUUUUAACAGUGACUUACAACGCUUGUAAACAACUAGCUAUACACUUUUUUACAUGUUCUUUUUUUGACAAAUAUAUUUAUUGGCAUUUGGUUUUCCAGCAAAAGACAGGUACACGUUUACCCCACACCAGAAAUAAAAAUAACAUAAUAAAGUGGAAAAAUCCCACAACAAACCACAUUAUUAUAGUAAGUCAAGUUAAAACAUACAUACACAAAUGUACAAAUAUUAGAAAGCAUUCAUUAAUAAAUCUAUGUAUAACGAUAUUUGAAAUAAUCCGUUUUUGAGUCACUUCUUUCAUACUCAACAAGGUUUGGUUAUUUUGUUCCCAAAAAUGUAAAAACGUCUCUAUAUUUUAGCCUUUUUACAGUUUUCGUUAACGCUAUUUGUUUGUUUUGUUCCUCAA